AGGUUUUAUUCUGAAGUCUAAAUUCUAAAGAGGUGAAGAAAUGGUACAGUUAAGCAAGCAUUGGAUGGAUGAAAUAUGAGAUUCGAGGCAUCUCAUCCUUCGUACUUCCCAGUUCAAUUUCUGCAUGCGUGCCAUGGUGCCAUGGGUACGGGUGCCUGAUUAGUUUAUGAAGCCCGCUGGUUAAAAACAAUAGACAAUAAUACUAAUAGAUAUCAAAUUUAGAGAGAGAGAGAGAGAGAGAGAGAGAGAGAGCAUAUGGAGGUGUACAGUGUGCAAAAUUAUGGUUACUUCAUGACUUCUAAGUAGGUAGGGAGAGGAGGAGAUGAAGGGUGGUGGCUCCCUUCCUACGAAGAGGGGAUGGAGAGGACUUGUGGUUGCAGUGCUGGGUCUCGUCAUACUCUCGAUGCUGGUUCCCUUGGUUUUCUUGCUUGGCCUCCACAACGGUUUUCACUCCUCUGGAUAUGCAACUGAAUAUCAAAGUCAUUCUUCUAAGGGCGUUGGAAAUUUUGAUGCAUUGGACCAUGGUAAUUCUGGGACUAAAUCAGAGGGUGAUCAAUUGGAACAUCUAGAUAAUCUUAUGAGAAGAUUGGGUCCGGCCCUUUCCAAGGAUGUUCUGGAAAACUUCACCAAGGAAGCUGAGAAUGGAACCAAGAGCAGAGGUGCCGUGCAAGUCAAUGCUGAACCGAAAAGUGAUUUGCCAGUCCUCCCAGAGGUUCUGCAGAAAUCAGAUUCUGGUACAAAUAACAAAAUGGUUGGUGGUGCUGUUGAUGUUACCGUGUAUGUGAAAGAUGUUACUGGCGGUGAAAGUGGAAAAUCAUGUCAGAUGGAAUUUGGAAGCUAUUGCCUUUGGUCAGUAGAACACAAGGAAGACAUGAAGGAUUUGAUGGUAAAGAAAUUGAAGGACCAGCUUUUUGUAGCAAGAGCUUACUAUCCUAGUAUUGCAAAGCUUCCAGCACAUGAGAAACUAUCACGUGAAUUGAAGCAAAACAUUCAAGACUUCGAACGAAUUUUCAGUGAAACAACCACAGAUUCUGAUCUUCCACUGCAGAUUGAAAAGAAGUUACAAAAAAUGGAGGCUGCAAUUUCAAAAGCUAAAUUGUUUACUGUGGAUUGCAAUAAUGUUGACAAGAAACUGAGGCAGAUACUAGAUCUGACAGAGGAUGAAGCUCACUUCCACAUGAAACAAAGUGCCUUCCUUUAUCAACUUGCAGUCCAGACCAUGCCCAAGAGUCACCACUGCCUAUCAAUGAGAUUGAUGGUUGAAUAUUUUAGAUAUCCCUCACUGGAUAUGGAUUCACAGGUUGAGAAAUAUGUAAAUCCAGAACUUCACCACUAUGUCAUAUUCUCCAACAAUGUACUUGCAGCAUCUGUAGUUAUCAACUCAACUGUAGUGCAUGCAAAAGAAAGCAGUAAUCAGGUUUUUCAUGUGCUGACAGAUGGCCAGAAUUACUUUGCCAUGAAAUUUUGGUUCUUACAUAAUUCUUUCAAGGAAGCCACCAUUCACAUUCUCAACAUUGAAGAUCUUAACUUGGAUUUUCAUGAUAAGAAAAACCUACUCCAUCUAUCAUUGUCUGAAGAGUUUCGUGUUUCCUUCCGUAGUAUUAACAAACCGGAUGCAGGUCAAAUGAGGACCGAGUACAUAUCAGUAUUUGGUCAGAUCCACUAUCAUCUUCCUGAAAUAUUCCACAAUCUAAAGAAAGUAGUAGUUCUGGAUGAUGAUGUUGUUGUCCAACAAGACUUAUCGCCCCUGUGGAGCCUUGACAUGGAAGGAAAAGUAAAUGGGGCUGUGCAGUAUUGUGCACUGAGGUUGGGUCAGCUAACAAGUUAUUUGGGUGGAAACAACUUUAACAGAAGUUCUUGCAUUUGGAUGUCUGGAUUGAAUAUGGUUGAUCUGGUGCAGUGGAGGGAACAAAACAUCACCGAGGCUUACCAGCAGCUGCUGCGAUCAGGUGGCAUGAGGGUGGCAUCGAAGAGUGCUGGAGUAUUGCUUGCAAACUUGCUAACAUUCAAGGACACGGUUCAUCCUCUGGAUGGUUUGUGGGCAUUGUCAGGACUUGGCCACAACUACAAUAUUGAUGCUCAAGCCAUUAAGAAUGCUGCAGUGUUGCAUUACAAUGGAAACAUGAAACCAUGGCUUGAGCUGGGCAUUCCAAAGCAUAAAAAACACUGGAAGAAGUUUCUGAAGCAAGACGAUCAGUUUAUGGGUGAGUGCAACGUUAAUCCAUAGCUGGCCAGCCUAUAGUCCCUAGUGAUGAGAUGUCAGCAGCUUAAAAUCCUCGAUAUUUGAGGGCUUAGCAGGAGGGGUGCUGAGCUUUUUAGAUAUAUUUCCAGUGCAAAGAGAGAUUUUAAUUGCUAGGGUGGCAAAGCUAGCUUGUGCUGAAGGAAUUAUCACCAUUAUCAAAAUCGACAAUGGGGAUACCAGUUGAAGAGAAUUGUCACUAUCAUUACAGCGGGGACGGCUGUUUUCUUGGUAAGUUCUUAGAAUGAAAACGAUUUUAUCUGCAAUUGUGGCUAAAAGCAGAAAGUACGGUGAAAGAGUGUUGAUGUUAAGUUAAAAAAGGUUCCUAGAUGAGGUUUUCUGUGCAAUGUGUGAUCAUCUAGAGAUAAAAGAGAGUUUAGAUGUGUUGCCUAGUUUGGAAAAUAUUGUACAAGAGGUGGGAGAGUACGAGUCGCAACAAAUGCAUUUGUACAUGGGAGGUGGUUGGGUGCAAACUUGUUACAAAGGCAUUCAAUUGCUGAUAUUCAUGUGAUACUAGUGAUUGUUGGUUCAAAGCCCCGAAAUGGGUUACUGCUAUUCAAUUUCAAAUACAUGCAAAUUUGUUUAA